UUUAGUAUUUGCACUGAAAACUAUUAGUGAAGGCACUGCAUCUCCAAGAUAUUAGUUUCGCAAGUCCGAAACUACCCAUACAAACUGAUAUGGGUUUCCCGGUUGAUGUGCCAACGCGACAAGAAGAUCUCUCAAGGAGAAAGACAUUGAAGGCCAAGUCUGGUCUUAAUGUAGCUCAAGGAUAUUUUGCACCGCCACUAUAUGAAUGCAAUUUAAGAGAGGUUACGAUAAUUGGAUUUUCUGAGUUAACAUCAUUGUUUACCCUAUCCACUGCCUCAUCCAUGAAAUUGUUGAAAGAGUUGGUAGUCGGGGAGUGUGAUGCACUGGAGCAGAUAGUAAAUGAAGAGGGGCAUUGUGGUCAUGAUAAUACGACUAUGACUAUCAGCUCUCUGUUUCCCAACCUACAUCGUGUUCGUGUCCAUCUAUGUGGUCACUUGAAAUCCCUAUUCUCUAUCUCCACAUCUUAUAAGCUUCCAAAACUACAGGUUUUGGAUGUACAAGAUUGCCCUCAGAUUGGGCAAUUGUUUGAAUGCCAGCAACAAGCUGAUGCAUCCCAAUCAGAGUCGACCAUGAAGAAUGUGCUUCCAAAACUGAUUGUAAUAAGACUCAAAAAUCUUCCAAUACUUCAUACUAUCUAUCACGGUUUUGAUUUCCAAACCCUGAAAGUCCGUAUUGUGAAGCAAUGUCCCAAUAUCGUCUCUUCAAUUCCAUCUUUUGCCUGCUUCGAUGAAUCAUUUGGUCUUCGUAGAUUAUUACGUCGUGAUUGGUUGUACUUGGAUGACUACCACUAUGCACGUCGUAUUAUUUACCGUUGGGCUUUCGAGGAAUCUGUUUUGAAUGCCUUCAGCACAAUACCGAUACGGAAUAAAAGUUCUCCAAAUCCAGCAAAUAGCAAACAGGCAUCCCGGGGGAUUGUUCUUGAGAAAGACUCAGCAAUAUACAAGAAAAACAGUAGUUCGCCAAAGUUGACGGAGAUUGAAGAAGGAGGAUCAAAAGAAGUUGUUGAAAAUGACUCAAGAAAUUUGGGAAAUAGUGAAGAAUCUUCAAAGGAGAUUGCUGAAAAAGACUCCACCACGCACAAGAGGAGCAGUAAUUUGCCAAACAUGGCAGGGGAUGAAAAAGCAUCAACAAAUGAAAUUGAUGAAGGACAACUUUCUAGUUCACUUACGGGGGCACCUCCAUCAUCUAAUUUAGAUGUCAUUUCUGAGGAAACAAUAGAGCUAACUGCUCAAGAAGGUUCAAAAUUAGAUGGAGCUAUCAAUGAGGAGGCUUCGAUUGAACAAAAUAGUCAUACAAUGAUGGCUAAAAAUGCUAAAGCAACUGUGGGAGAAGGUCUUUCAUCUGAGACACAUGACAAAAACAAGGAGAAAGUAGAGGCAAGUGUUCAUGGAAGUCCAAAAUCAAAGCAAGCUGUAAUAUCAAAUGAAGUCAAGGAUUCAGAACUCAGAAUCAUGCCAGCACCAUUUGCUAGUCCUUUACAAGAAUAUGCACAAAUUAUGGAAACACUAAAGAAGGCAAGUGUUCUAAAAGGUAAAAAAUCAGACGAGGCUGUGUUGGCAGAUGAACUGAUGGAUUCAAAACUAAGCAGCAUAUCCUCACCCUUUUCUAGUCCUUUACAAAGUGAAUCUCCACAAGAGUUAUGUGGAAAGGAAUCAAAGGCUGGUCAACAAGAACCUGGAGAAAGUAGAAGCUCCAAUGAUGCUCCUCAAAGAGUUGAAGAACCUAUCAAUCAAUGUUCUUCCAAAGAAACAUCAACUUCUUCUCCCAUGAAACCUCAAAUAGCAACUUCAGCUAUUCAAGUGGACUUAGUGGGCUCAAAAUCAGAUCUAUUCCACAUUUCUGCUAUUAUUGAAUCUGCACAAGGGAAAAUCAUGAAUCAACCAGAGACCUCCACUGAGGAAGAAAUCAUGUUGGACCAAGGCAGCUCUCAGCAAUUUGCAGAAGAUGAUCUGAUGAGAUUAUUCCAAAUAAUGGAGGAAGGUCACAUGCGUCAUGUGUCUAAAAUUUCUGUCCCUGAAGAGGCUGGUGAGGCGACUAAAGCUCUCUUUGACUUGGAAGCCACGUUGAAGAUGAGUCUUAAUGAAAUUGCUAGCUCUGAAGAAAGCAGACUUCGCCUUCAGAAUGCUCUCAGCAUCUUGUCCUCCCAUUGUUCUGAAGACGGACCUCCCUCUCAUGGCCUUCAAGCUACAAUUCACUCUCUGCAACAAGAAAUCCAAACUGUUCUAUCUUCCUUCAACCAAGGCCAUGCUACCAUUGUCACAUUCAACAAGCUUGAACAAAAAGAGAAACUUAUCAAUGAAGAAAGAUCACAAAGAAAGGAAGUAGCCAUUGCUCUUCUAUCUGAAAUUCACAGUACUGAGAGUUUUCUUGCCGAGGCUCAUCUAAAGGAAGAAGAACUAAAGGAGAAAAUCUCUAAAUUGCAAGAUGAAUUGUAUAGCAAAUUAAAGGAAAUAGAAGAGUGUGAGAUCAACCUAUCAUCUCUUAAAGAACAAAAGAAAAAGAGUGUUUCUAACACAAUAGGGUUCAUAAAGGAGUUUGAGGAAGUGAAGAAAGAGAGGUCUCACAUGGUAGAAGACCAUAUGAAAGCAAAGCAGGAACUUCAAAAUAUACAUGUUAAGUGGUCUUCCUGCUUAUCCAACUUGAAGAAAAACGCACUCCUGCUAGGAGUUCAUCUUCAGCAAAAAGUUUGACUGUUGGAGAUUGCUGUUUAAAUUUCCUAAAAACAACAUUCCUUGAAAAAAAUCUAGAGUGUAGUCAUGUUUAUUGGUUGGGUUGUUAUUAGUUCUUACAUUUGUGAGUGAUUUUUACUGUGUUGCUAGUGGGUAGUGCUUGAGUGUUAUGAUGAAAAAAAGAGUCGGAAAAAAGUAAGCAGGGUGUGUGGUUAAUAAUGGUUGAAGACUCAUUGUUGUAAUAUUGAUUUCAUGAUAGUGAAUUUUAUCUGGACUGGGUCCCGUGGUUUUUAUCUCUCACAUGGAGGGAGUUUUCCACGUUAAAAAAUUGUUUUCUCCUACUUUCAUUAUUUGAUGCCUUUUUUAUUUAAGAUUUAAAUUAUUUUA